AUGACGAUCCGCGAAUGGAAAGAACAUCUACUCUCCUACAUCCCCCAAUCCGCCUCGUCCCAGAUAUUCCUCUCCGUCACCCUCUUUGAAACCAUCAUGCAAGUGAAUUAACUCGAUCCUCAACCCGCGCGCGCGUAUGGCUUUCGGCGCGCUAAUCAUCUCAUUCAACCCAUUCUUCUCGGUCGGGAAUGACGUUCGAUCCCUCACAGUGAUAGUUGCAUUGUCGCCGUCUUGCUCAAUUCGUUCGAGGAACAUGUCUUUCAGACCGUGCUCAAGAGGAACGAGGACUCCGUUCUGCCCGUUUACAUGGGGUUGUCAGUCCAGGCAGGGAAAAGACUCCGAAGAUUUAGGAUCGCGCGCGAGAGAAAUCUGACCUCGUCUGCCCUGCGCACCGCAUCCAACACAGAUUCAUCUUGGCCCAUAUCGUCCAACUCGUAUUGGCUAUGGAUGCGAUCGUCGCCAAGAACACGAUUCAAGUCGUAAGCAGCCCUUUGCCCGCCGGAAGUGACUUUUGGCUGUCCGAUGACUAACGUCAGCUCUUACCCUCUGCUCAAAAGGUCGCUCUCAUCAUGUUCAACACCCUCUUUCUCGCCUACUCUAUCGUCCAAAUUCUCGAAAUCAAAAACCUUAUCGCCAAAGGCGUCCUCCGGAUCCUCGUUUGGCUCAUCCCAGGGAUGAUCCUCAUCACGCAAAUCACCUACCUCGCGACCUUUUGGUUCAUCUACCGCGAUUUCGGGUGGCAGGUCUUCAAGAGGAUCGGCGCGGAUAGGGGGAUCAAGAAGGCGUACAUGUGGUAUCAGGUCUUUCUCGUCAUUCUCAAGUUUGGUGGGUGCUCUUGAUUUUGCGCGCUCGAUUCGACCGAUUCUUGUUCUCGACUGAUCCCCUCCUGACCCCUCUCACAGACGUCUUCUUCUUCCUCGCCUUCUCGCUCCAACUCGUAUUCCUCGUUCUGAAGCAGAACGAUGUCGAGAGGUGGUUGACCGUCGCUGCAUUGCCAGCGACGACCGCGAUCUUGGUCUGUGGGUAUCUGGGCGUGAGGAAGGAGCAAAAAUCGUUGUAUUGGAUCUUCACCGUCGGCUGUGGGCUGGGCUUGAUCUACUUUACUUACAAGGUAAAGUUCCUGAUCUCAAAAUCUAAGCGCCUCUCCUUGUGUUCGGAUCCUUACACUCCCCUUACCGCACAGCUCGUGCGGAUCUACCAACUCCGAUCAACGGACUACGUCCUCGUGUUCAAGUCGUUGACCCUCUUCGCGGCGUUGUGUUUCGCCGCGCUGGUGUGGACCAUUACGACUUCGACGAUCUGUUAUCGCAACUUUGGGAGAGGGCUGAGGUAUCAUCGUGAGUCACUGUGGCGGAUGGAGUCGACUUUGGCAAGAUAAGGAAGAGGAGAGUGGGAAUGCUCAUCAUAUCGAUUGUGGCUUCUCUGCAGUAAUGAGGAAUAAAGUCAAACUGGUCGACGAGAGCGAGAUCGACGGGAGCAGCAUCACGACGUCAGGGAACAACUACAAGCUCGAACAUCGCAUGAGUCUGGACUGA